UCUCUGAGCCUGACUAGUCUGCAUAGAUGGCUUCGACGGCCACAACCUUCUUCGCUUCUAGCCCUCGAGUUCGAGUCCACAAUACAUGGAGAAGACACCGAAGAAAACACAUGAACUCUCAGAAAAACUUGUUUUUCCUCCUCAAUUCAAGCUCAAACAUUCCAUUUCGCGGUUUGAAACUCGGUGAACCCUUAUCUUCUUUCCUUUUUCCAACUGGGUUUCAAUUGCCUAUAUUCAAUCCAGUCUUCCUUACCAAGUCUUCUCACUUACGUUCUAUCCAGUUCCCCACGUUAUCAGACUCAAUAGACGAUAAUCUCAUUGGAAACCUUGAAGAUGCCAUUAGUUUGCAGAGAUUCACAAAUGGAGUUCACCAAAUUCUGCCAGAAGAAUCCGUCGGGAGGAUCUUUUAUGACGACCCACCUUGGAUUUCUUCCAUUUUGUCGGCUACUCAGUUGAAGGGUCUUGAGGAGAGAGUUAAAGGUGGUGAGAAACAACGUUCAUAUUCUCAUGGGAUGGAGAAAAGCAAAUAUAAUGCGCUUCGGAGAAGGCAGAUUAAGGAGGAGACUGAAGCGUGGGAGAGGGCUGCAGCUGAGUACAGGGAGUUGGAGAGGGUGAUGUGUGAGAAGAAAUUGGCUCCUAAUUUACCUUAUGUGAAGUUCCUGUUUUUGGGUUGGUUUGAGCCUCUCAGGGAGGCAAUUGCUAAAGAACAGAGGUUGCAGGGUACGAAAAGGCAGAAGGCUGCUUAUGCUCCUCACAUUGAUUUAUUGCCGGCUGACAAGAUGGCUGUUAUUGUCAUGCAUAAAGUCAUGGCUCUGAUGAUGGUGACACCGGAAGAAGGGUGUGUUCGGGUUGUUCAAGCCUCUGUUCAUAUAGGAGAGGCCAUUGAGCAGGAGGUGAGGAUUCAUAGAUUUUUGGAGCGAACUAAGAAAUGCAAGACUGGUAAGAUGAUUGAAAGUCAUAAGCAUGAGGAUGUCAGUACGGAGCUGGAGAUUAUUAGGCAACGUGUUAAAAGAUUGAUGAAAAAGAAAAGGCUACUGGAGGUGCAAAAGCUGGUUAAAAGUGAGGAUGAUAUUAAGUCUUGGGGUCGGGAUGCCCAGGCUAAGCUGGGAAGCCGUCUGAUAGAAUUAUUAACAGAAACAGCUUUUGUACAACCUCCAGUUAGCCAGUUACCUGACGGCCCACCUGAAAUUCGUCCUGCAUUUAGGCACAGGUUUAAAACUCUGAUGAAGGAGCCAGGACAGAGUGUUGGAAAGAGGUAUGGAGUUAUAGAAUGUGACCCACUAGUCCUCAAAGGGCUUGACAGAACCGCUAGGCAUAUGGCGAUUCCUUACAUGCCAAUGUUGAUACCACCCAAAAAGUGGAAAGGGUACGACAAGGGUGGACACCUGUUCUUACCGUCAUAUGUGAUGCGUACUCAUGGAGCAAAGCAACAACAAGAUGCAGUUAGGAAUGUUUCUAGAAAGCAGAUGCAAAAAGUAUUUGAGCAUAUUCAGGCUCUGGAUACACUUGGAAACACUAGAUGGAGAGUGAAUAAAAGAAUACUUGACGUUGUAGAGAGCCUUUGGGCUAAAGGUGGGAACAUUGGAGGCCUUGUUGAUCGUGAAGAUAUUCCAAUACCAGAAAAGCCAAACUCGGAUGAUUUAAGUGUAAUACAGAAGUGGAAAUGGAGCAUGAGAAAAGCAAAGAAGAUUAACCGAGAGUUGCAUUCACAACGAUGUGAUACAGAGCUGAAGCUUGCUGUGGCUCGGAAAAUGAAAAAUGAUGAAGGCUUUUAUUAUCCCCAUAAUCUAGACUUUCGAGGUCGUGCCUAUCCCAUGCAUUCACAUUUGAAUCAUCUAAGUUCUGACCUGUGUCGUGGAGUUCUUGAGUUUUCAGAAGGACGGCCACUAGGGAAAUCUGGGUUGCACUGGCUGAAGAUACAUCUGGGAAAUCUGUAUGGUGGCGGUGUUGAAAAGCUUUCUUAUGAUGGACGCAUAGCUUUUGUGGAGAACCAUUUGGAUGAUAUCUUUGAUUCAGCAGAUAAACCUGUUGAGGGUAAUCACUGGUGGCUAAAUGCUGAAGAUCCUUUCCAAUGCUUGGCAGCCUGUGUUAAUCUGUCGGAGGCCUUAAAAAGCUCGUCACCACAGACUGUCAUCUCCCACCUGCCUAUUCACCAAGAUGGUUCAUGCAAUGGUUUACAGCACUAUGCAGCUCUGGGAAGAGAUAGUUUGGAAGCAGCUGCGGUAAACUUAGUUGCUCAGGAGAGGCCUGCUGACGUUUACUCAGAAAUAGCUUCUAGGGUUUUUGACAUCAUGAAAAUGGACUCAGAGAGGGAUCCUGCAACUAACCGAACUGCUUUAUUAGCUAAGGUCUUAAUUGAUCAGGUAGAUCGGAAAUUGGUGAAACAAACAGUGAUGACUUCAGUGUAUGGUGUUACUUAUGUUGGGGCACGUGAGCAGAUUAAACGAAGGCUGCAGGAGAAGGGUCAUAUCACUGAUGAUAGAUUGCUAUUCAGUGCAUCUUGCUAUGCUGCUAAAGUCACACUGACUGCUCUAGGAGAGAUGUUCCAAGCAGCACGUGCCAUUAUGGGAUGGCUUGCUGACUGUGCAAAGGUUAUUGCAUCAGAAAAUCAACCUGUGAGAUGGACGACUCCUCUCGGCCUCCCAGUUGUGCAGCCUUAUCAUAAAACAGAAAGGCAUCUUAUAAGAACUUCGCUUCAGGUUCUGGCUUUGCAGCGGGAGGGUGAUAUGGUCGACGCAAAAAGACAACGGACUGCAUUUCCUCCAAAUUUUGUACACUCUCUUGAUGGUUCACACAUGAUGAUGACAGCUAUUGCCUGCAAAGAUGCUGGCUUACAUUUUGUAGGAGUUCAUGACUCCUUCUGGACACAUGCAUGUGAUGUGGACAAAAUGAAUCAGAUCCUCAGGGAAAAAUUUGUUGAGCUUUACAGCAUGCCUGUACUUGAGAAAUUGCUAGAAAGCUUCCAGACAUCAUAUCCAACAUUGUCAUUUCCUCCCCUUCCAGACACAGGCAAUUUCGAUUUGAGAGAAGUUCUGAAGUCUCCAUAUUUUUUCAACUGACAGAUUAGUGAAGUUCCUCGUCUCACAAAACAGGACACACAUGUAGGGGAUUGAAGAAGUGCUGGUCCCAGUGUGGGGUGUGAAAAAUUCUCUGAUACUUUCACGAGAAUAACUAGAUUAUGGAUCACUAAGAAUCAGGCUGAACAUAAUGGACGGGAAAGGAGACGGAAGUGACACGCAGUGUAUAGGUUGGGAGAAAGGCUGGCCCAAUAUCAGGCUCUUUUUAAAGAAAACUUGUGUUUUGCUGUAACAUUCACCAAGUGACGUGAGAAGGUAGAGGAGACUGUUAUCCAAGGAAUGACCAACUCAGUUCAUUGAUGCCUUGGUGAUUUUGCAUUCAGUGAUGUGUCCAGGAGGAUUUUUUUGUAGAUUUUCCCCAAUCUAGUACUUAAAUUAACAAGGAAAGGUUGUUUCAACUUUCAA